AACGCCCCCGCCGCGCACUUUACGGCACACACGUGCUUUCUGCGCUCUUCUGUGCCCUUUACUGCUCCACAUCGCAUCCAGAGACGAUCUUUAAUUAAAUCUGAAUGAAAUGAUGAGCAAACUGAGUAAAGAGAGCAAGCAGCGGCUGCAGCAGGUGUUCCAGUGCGGCCAGUUCAUCAUCCGCUGGGGCUUCAUCCCCACCGUGCUGUACCUGGGAUUCAAGCGUGGAGCCGAUCCAGGGAUGCCUGAACCCUCGGUGCUCAGUUUGCUUUGGGGAUGAAGACGCUCCUGACAGAAACUCCAGACCUAUUCACAAACCUCAUGAAGACAUUCAUCAUCUCACGGGACGCUGUGCUCGGAUGUAAAUACUCCAGUAACGUUUGCGUUAUUUCAAGACUUCUGCUUCCUCUUUCUAAAACACUGCAUUGAGAAACGCACAAAAUGUAACCGAGCUUUCUUUGUUUUUUGUUUUUUUUAUUGACUCAAAUUAGAUGCAUGGUCUCAGUUUUUCAGUUUCAAAUAAACUAAACCAGUUCAUCAGCA